AUGGCUACCACUUCGCAUAUGUUUAUGUACUCCCUGACGAUCCAGCCUCCAACUGCAAUCACCCAAGCCAUUCUGGGCCAGUUUGCAGGUACCAAGGAACAGCAGAUCGUCACCGCGUCAGGUUCGAAAUUGACCAUCCAUCGGCCUGACCCGGCACAGGGCAAGAUCACACCAAUCUUUUCACAAGAUGUUUUCGGUAUCAUCCGCUCUCUGGCAGCUUUUCGCCUAGCUGGUAGCAACAAAGAUUACAUCAUCAUCGGCUCGGACUCGGGUCGCAUCACUAUCAUUGAAUACGUCCCAUCCCAGAACCGCUUCAACCGCAUCCACUUGGAGACAUUCGGGAAGUCUGGAGUUCGUCGGGUGAUUCCAGGACAAUACCUCGCGGUGGAUCCGAAGGGACGUGCUUGUCUCAUUGCUUCCGUGGAGAAGAACAAGCUGGUCUAUGUUCUGAACCGAAACUCGCAGGCAGAGCUUACAAUCUCUUCGCCGCUGGAAGCACACAAGCCACAGACCUUGGUAUUUGCCAUGGUCUCACUGGAUGUCGGCUAUGAGAACCCUGUCUUCGCCGCCCUUGAAGUGGAUUACUCGGAAUCGGACCAGGACCCAACUGGUCAAGCCUUCGAGGAAGUCGAGAAGGUCUUGGUCUAUUACGAGCUUGAUCUUGGUCUGAACCAUGUUGUUCGCAAGUGGUCUGACCCUGUCGACCGCACGGCAUCCAUGCUCUUCCAGGUUCCCGGAGGAGCCGAUGGCCCCAGCGGUGUUUUGGUGUGCGCCGAGGACAACGUUACCUACCGGCACUCCAACCAGGACGCGUUCCGCGUUCCCAUCCCUCGCCGCAGUGGAGCUACAGAAAACCCCGAACGUAAGCGUUCGAUUGUUUCAGGAGUCAUGCACAAGAUGAGAGGAGCUUUUUUCUUCCUUCUCCAAACCGAGGAUGGUGAUCUUUUCAAGUUGACCCUGGAAAUGGUCGAGGAUGACAAUGGUCAACCCACUGGUGAGGUGAAGAGUCUGAAGAUCAAGUACUUCGACACUGUCCCUGUCGCAACCAGCCUUUUGAUCCUCAAGAGCGGUUUCCUUUACGUCGGAAGUGAAUCUGGCAACCACAACUUCUACCAGUUUGAGAAGCUUGGCGAUGAUGACGAAGAGACCGAGUUCUCCAGCGAUUCCUUUUCAGCUGAUCCCUCGGUUCCUUGUGCCCCCGUCUACUUCAAACCCCGCGGGGCAGAGAACGUCAACCUCAUGGAGAGCAUGAACUCUCUAACACCUCUUAUUGACAGUAAAAUUGUCAACUUGAGCGAGGAUGAUGCGCCUCAAAUUUACACAAUUUGUGGCACUGGAGCUCGCAGUUCAUUCCGAACCCUGAAGCAUGGACUUGAGGUGUCAGAGAUCGUCGAGUCCGACCUUCAGCAAGUACCCUCUGCUGUCUGGACGACAAAGUUGACUCGCUCCGACGAGUUCGACACAUACAUUAUUCUCUCCUUUGCCAACGGCACCCUUGUCCUGAGCAUUGGAGAAAUUGUCGAAGAGGUCUCGGACACUGGGUUCCUAUCCACAGCACCCACUCUGGCAGUUCAACAACUCGGUGAAGAUACUCUGCUCCAAGUUCAUCCCCGAGGGAUUCGUCACAUCCUCGCCGAUCGCAGGGUCAAUGAGUGGCCCGCUCCGCAACAUCGGUCUAUCGUUGCUGCAGCCACCAACGAACGUCAAGUCGCUGUGGCGCUCAGCUCUGGUGAAAUUGUCUACUUUGAGAUGGACGCAGAUGGAACACUGGCUGAGUAUGAUGAGCGCCGACAAAUGUCCGGCACAGUCACCUGCCUCAGUCUGGGCGAGGUUCCUGAGGGCCGCAUGCGAAGCUCUUUCCUCGCUGUCGGAUGCGAUGACUCCACUGUCCGCAUUCUCAGCCUCGAUCCCGACUCAACGCUCGAGAACAAGUCCGUUCAAGCUUUGACGUCUGCACCAUCAGCCCUCAACAUCAUGGCAAUGGCUGACUCUAGCUCUGGAGGCAAGACCCUCUAUCUUCACAUCGGUCUUUAUUCCGGUGUCUACCUCCGCACCGUCUUGGACGAGGUGACUGGUGAGCUUUCAGAUACCAGAACACGUUUCAUCGGAGCCAAGCCUGUGAAACUGUCUCAAGUAUCGGUCAAGGGCCAAACGGCCGUCUUGGCACUAAGCGCCCGUCCCUGGUUGGGAUACUCUGACGUUCAAACCAAGAGCUUCAUGCUUACACCCUUGGACUAUGUCGGACUCGAAUGGGGAUGGAAUUUCUCCAGUGAGCAAUGUGUAGAGGGAAUGAUCGGCAUUCAAGGUCGCAACCUACGGAUUUUCUCUGUCGAAAAGCUCGACAACAACAUGCUCCAAGAGUCAAUUCCCCUAUCUUACACUCCUCGCCGCUUUGUGAAACAUCCCGAGCAACCCCUGUUCUAUGUUAUUGAAUCCGACAACAAUGUUCUCUCCCCUGCUACACGCCAGAGACUCAUCGAGGAUUCUCAGGGUCGCAAUGGCGAGAAUGCUGAGCUCCCACCUGCAGAGUUUGGCUACCCGCGAGGCACUGGACAUUGGGCUUCUUGCGUUCAAGUGGUGGACCCGAUCUCCACCAAGUCUGUAGUCCAUACCCUUGACCUCGAAGACAAUGAGGCAGCCGUCAGCCUUGCCGCAGUUCAGUUUUCCAGCCAGGAUGACGAAACAUUCCUCGUUGUCGGCACUGCCAAAGACAUGACAGUCAGCCCUCCCUCGUCUGCCUGUGGUUUUAUCCACAUAUAUCGAUUCCAGGAGGAUGGCCGGGAGUUGGAAUUCAUCCACAAGACCAAGGUUGAUGAGCCUCCUCUCGCUCUCCUUGGCUUCCAGGGCCGUCUUCUGGCGGGUAUUGGCCCCGUCCUCCGUGUGUACGACCUGGGCAUGAAGCAACUUCUCCGCAAAUGCCAGGCUCCCGUUGUUCCCAAGACCAUUGUCGGUCUCCAGACACAGGGAAGCCGAAUUGUCGUCAGCGACGUUCGUGAAAGUGUCACCUACGUUGUCUACAAGUAUCAGGAGAACAUUUUGAUUCCGUUCGCGGAUGAUGCCGUCGCACGCUGGACCUCGGCCACAACUAUGGUCGAUUACGAAACCACGGCAGGUGGUGACAAGUUUGGAAACCUAUGGCUGCUGCGUUGCCCCAGCAAGAUCUCAGAGGAAGCCGAUGAGGAUGGAUCUGGUGCCCACCUCGUUCACGAAAAGGGUUAUCUGCAUGGGACACCCCACCGUCUCGAGUUGAUGAUUCACUACUACGCUCAAGACAUUCCCACCAGCUUGCACAAGACCCAGCUGGUGGCUGGUGGCCGUGACAUUGUUGUCUGGACCGGCUUCCACGGCACAAUCGGAAUGUUUGUUCCUUUUGUCAGUCGCGAGGAUGUCGACUUCUUCCAGAGUCUGGAGACACUAUUGGCCUCUCAGACCCCGCCUCUGGCUGGACGCGACCACAUGAUGUACCGCAGCUACUAUGCGCCCGUGAAGGGCGUUAUCGAUGGAGAUCUAUGUGAACAGUAUCUCCUGCUGCCUAAUGACACGAAGAUGAUGAUGGCGGGUGAACUUGACCGCUCUGUUCGCGAGAUCGAGCGCAAGAUUUCGGACAUGCGAACACGGGUGGCGUAUUGA